CUCGCGUCUCCCUUUUGCUAGCUGCAUGACGGCGUGAGAUCUGUUGAACUACUACCGCCGCCUUCACGACACGACACGACAACACAUCCUCCAUCCACGAAGACAAGCUCACUCUGUCUCCUGAUCCUCAGCAAACUCGUUCGUCCCUACUCCACCCUUCCUCUGCGCUGCGUGUGAAUGGCCUAGGAAGAUGAGCAACAACAAUCCCCAGGAAACCCCACGGUUUCCAUCGUCAUUUCCCGAAUCUCCACAUCCUACCGCUCUUCGUUCUCGCCCUCCUCCCCCUCCUCCUCAAAGACCGUUCGGCAAUCAACCGCAGCGACGAACAGGGGCGUUAGGAACACAGGCGAAUACCGCCGCGACGACGACACCGACAUCGACGACGACAACGACGACAACACCGCCGUCAACGACGAUACCCUCUGCGGUGGUCCAGCCAGUCGUCGGAGAGAAUGAUACCCUGAUCCCAACAAACAUCAUCGACACGCCCACGCAAAGACUAUACGUGGUCGGAAUAUUCGGUUUGCUCCAGGCAUGGAAGUUGUACGACAUUUCGCGACUUUGGGCCGACGAAGGGGAUAUCACGACGCUCUGGUUCUGCCUGAAAUGGUGGUUCGCCGAUGCGCUUUUCUUUUGGAACCUGCCUUACUUGAGAAUACCGUGGCUGCGAUUUGAUCCUUCUGCUACCCUCUCCAUCAUCAUGUGGCUCGCCUUGGUCGAUCUCUUACUUCCUCAUGUCUCCGGCGCGCCAAUCAUUGCCGUGUUUUCGAGCCUGUGGAAACUCGUCUACGAUCGCGAACUCUCCAUAUCGGAGAGACGUGUGAAAUGGAACGACAUCAUCUAUAACGACACUCACAUCAUGGGAAAGUACACGGUGCAUAUCCUACCUGAGGGCGCCGCCAAGCUGAAUCCGGACGGGAACUGCUUCUGUUUGGGCCCUUCAUCGCCGGUCAUCACCGUUCCCAUCAAGAUCAAUGGAACCACUCCGAUCAAAAUCCAGCUCACAAGGGCCGACCUUGACACCGGCCACGUGGAUAUCAUGGAUCUCCAGCCGAAGGAAAUCAAGAGACUCAUAAAACAAGCACCGCGCGAGGAUGAACCGGAUCUACGUUAUCUUCCCUACACCAUUAAAACCCCCGGUCUUUACCGCCUCACGAAGGUCAGGGACGUCUCUGAACUCGACGUACGUAUUCAGGAUGCCUAUGCGCUCGUCGUGAAGUGUCCCCAGGCCAAGAUCAAGACCACGCCCGGAGCAAAGAAAGAUGUGUGCAAGCACGAUAUGUCGGAUCUGUCCAUUCAACUGGAGGGACUAGCUCCCCUUUCCGUCACCUAUAGCCGUGUCGUUAAGGGCAAAGCGACUACCCUUAGCGUUGGCAGAAUUCAUCCGGAAAACUACGAGUCACCACUUUUGAACAACCCUCGCCUUGAAGGGCAUCUUCGCGAACGAGGUUACGAAGACCUUACAUCCUGGGGCAAACGCGAGACCCUCGAUGUUGCUCUCAACGAUUCGAUGACCUCGACUGGCGAUUGGCUGUAUGAAAUCGACCAGGUCACUGACGGAUGUGGUAAUCUGAUAGACUACAAGGCCCAUCAAGAGGAGGGAGAUUCGUGGCUUCCGAAGUCGACUGAUAUGGCCGGCCUUGGGCACAAGCUGGUUGUUCACGAACGACCGUCGGUGCGGUUCGGUAAUUGCGACCUCAAGAAUCCGCUGCAAGUUCCGAGGGGCUCUAAGGGUGCCCUUCCCGUCAAACUCGAUACCAGGGGUUCCGAUGCGCCCUAUAACUUCAAGGUCGCCUUUACACCGCAGAGCAAGCUUGGUUCCGCGUCUGAGCAUGCGCCAGAUGCUCAAAUCCUAGAAUACACUUGGAAGAGUCCAUCGGACUUGGUCAUGGUCAAGGAGCCUGGACUUUACAGUUUGCGCCAGGCCUCGAGCGCUUACUGUACUGGCGACGUGUACGAACCAGCUUCUUGUCUCGUGGUGACUCCACCGGAGCCUUCAAUGACGAUGGAACACGAUGAGAUUUUGGACAAGUGCACCAAAUCCUCAGUCGGACUCAAUAUCGACCUUACUCUUGUCGGUUCACCGCCGUUCAGUCUUCAGUACCGUCUCAUCAAGGACAAGGGCACCGCAGAGGUUAGGACCCUUCGGAUUGAUAGGACGAGACACCAGGAACGUUUCACGCCGGAGGACCCCGGCAACUACACCUACGAAUUCUUUAGUCUGGAUGACAAGAACUACGGGGGCAUUAAGCUCAAUCCUGCUUUAUACCGUGUGGAGCAGGCCGUCAAGCCAACUGCUGGUGCACACUUUAUCAACCCGACCGCAAAGAGGACAGCUUGUAUCGACGAGCCGGUGGAAUUCGAGGUUAAGAUGGUCGGCGAUGCACCUUGGAACCUCCAGUACGAUCUCAUCCACAAUGGAAGAAGGGUCCGGUAUUCCGAGAAGGACAUCACUUCGCCGAUUUACAAGAUCAAGACGCCUCCUCUUACGACUGGUGGUGAGCAUUCUUUGGCUUUGACUUCGGUAGAAGAUCAGAACGGAUGCAAAGUGUUUUUGGAGUCGGAGGCCAAGGUUAGCGUACGCUUCCAGAGGCCCAAGGCUCAGUUCUCCCCCCACGAGGGCAAGAUGUCGAUCCGUGCUCUCGAAGGCAAGACCGUCAAGAUCCCGCUCCGCUUGAGUGGUGAAGCUCCUUGGUUCAUCAAAAUCAAAAACCUCGAAACCGAUACUCCGGCAGAAGAACUCCGAUUCGACAGUGCCAACACUCAGUACCAGGUUACCAAAGUUGGUACUUACCAGAUUGAGGACGUUCGCGAUAGUGAAUGCCCUGGUGCUGUCACCCCGCCAAACGACAAGUUCACGGUAUCUAUCAUCGAGAGACCCAAAGUCCGACUGCCACCGUCCAGUUCAAUCACCCAGAAGGAUGGUAUCUUUGUCCGGAAGGAGGUAUGCGAGGGCGAUGAGGAUGCAGUCGAGCUUGCAUUCAUUGGUCAGCCGCCGUUUACUGUGGACUACCAACGGAGCUACCGUCCUGAGGGUACUAAACGUCAACUCGAGAAGACUGAUGAUAGGCUGGUCGCUGGAUUGUCGACUGCCACUGUCCGACUGGAGACUCACAAGUCUGGUCUGCACGAGUACAAGUUCAACCGCCUUGCUGAUGGACUCUACGAUGACCCACGGGAUCGCAACAUACCGGCACCGAUUGUUUUACAACAGACAGUCUACCCCCGUCCAUCUACCACGUUCUUGAACCCCAACAAAGUGUACAAGUACUGCCUGGACUCGGCUGUUGCCGGAGAGGAUAGCAUCAUUCCUAUUCAGCUUACGGGACUUGCUCCGUUCGCACUUACCGUUCACAUCAAGCAUCACAACACGGGUAAGAAGGAUAUAGUACACCUUCCGCUGAUCGACUCCAACUUCUACGACUUCAAGAUACCCUCGCACGUCCUCACCCUCGGCGACCACACAGUGACCAUCCACAAAGUCAAGGAUGCGCGCGGCUGUUCCCGUAGAAUGGACGACGGCCCGCACGUGACGGUCGCUGUCGCGGACAUGCCCACCAUCUCUCCCUCCGACCAACGCAAAGACUACUGUGUGGGAGAGCGUAUCGCAUACACACUUGCCGGUCUCCCGCCAUUCGCAGUCCAGUACAAAUGGAACGGCGAGACGAUGCUGGCUGCCAAUCAGCCCUCCUCGUUCGUCCGUGUUGCCGAGCGCCCAGGAAACUUCACCAUCACCGGGUUGCAGGAUAGUGCCAGCGACUGCCAGGUAGCCGUCGACCUCCAACGCACCAUCCACGAAGUGCCCUCCGUCAGGAUCAGCGAGGGAGAAGCUGUCAUUAAGGGAAUUCCUCAAGGUGACCAAGCUGAAAUCACAUUCCGCUUCUACGGCACCCCGCCUUUCACCUUCACCUACACCCGUAGCGCAAUCUACAAGAAGGGCCAGAAGCCGCGCGUCCUCGAGAGCCACACCCGCAUGGCCGACGACUACACGUACAGCAUGUUUGCCAGUCUGGAGGGAACGUAUGAAGUCACUUCGAUCGAGGAUCGGUACUGCUCAUAUCCUCCAUCUAGCGCUAGGAAGUCGGGAUAGAAAAGGAAGAAAAAGAAGAAGAAGAAGAAGAAGAAG